CAUAGCCACAGCACCGGAGAUGGCGCAGGGACCGGGGCAGGGCACCAGCGGCCCGUGCCUGAUCGGGCGCCCGGAUCGGCCGCUCAGCCUGUACGACAACCUGACGACGGAAGCGUCGGCUGGGACCGGCGAGGCCGGCGGGCAGCGCAUCAUCCAGUUUCCCGACAUCCAGUUCCGAUUCGACGACAACAUACCGGCCACGCUGCUCACGGCACCACCACCCGAUGCCCGUCGCUCCGUCCACAGUACGGCCAAGUCGGACUUUUUCGGGCUCGGCACCCCCGGCUCGGUCCGGGCACCGCCGUCGCCACCGCUGCCGACGGCUCAGCACCACUACAACCGAACGCCGUCCCCGCGGAACCCCGACGUGGAAGACGUUGACCGGGCGGGUACGCCACCGCGGCGCCCGCUAAGCGACACACCGGACCUGCGCAUCGGUGCAUCGGCCUCGCCCGACUCCAACGCGUCCACCGCCCCGCUGCCCGGUGCACCGAGUCCCGGGGAGACUCCGAGCCACCACCGGGAGGAGGAAACACCACCAACAUCACCGCGCUCGAGCUUGCGCCCCAAGUCCACCAUCAAAACCAUCACCAUUCAACUGCCCGACGCCUCGCCGGACACCCGCCACGGUAGCCCCUCCGAGGCUGUUUACAUGACGACGACGGUGCCACAAAAUUUUACCAAAAAUGCCAACACACUGAUCGGGCGCCACAAACCGACUCGCAGCAGCCUCCGCCACAGCCGGAUGCUGGUGGUGAGCAAGGCAUACCCGCAGCGAUACCCGCGCGGCAACUCACUCAACCUCCGCCACAUCCGCCUCAGCAAGCUGCUGAUGGUGCUGCAGAUCCUUACCGGGGCACUGCUGAGCUUGAUCGGGCUGACGGUGAUGGUCUGGUCUCCGUCCACCCUCACCAAGGACAAUCCGUACUGGUCCGGUUUGAUACUGAUCCUGUGUGGGACCCUGUUUCGGGUGCUGUUCGAGUUUAAGCGGUCUCGUGGAGGGACGCCAGCCAUCAAAGGACACCAAGAGGGGGCGGGGGCGGCUGGGACAAUCAUGAUAGCCCCACGCCCUCCGCAAGCUCGUUGGCGCGAAAAUUGCUUCCACGUGCUGCGCGUUAACGGACUCGUCGUGCUGCUGCUAACCAUCUUCUUUACGCUCCUCGCCUUCAUCUAUGCGCUCAUCCACGCGACCAACCUGUCCUCGCCGAACCUGCGUUGUGAACCGGAGUUCAGUUUUAACAUCAACUCGUCCACCUGCGUAUGUACGAUAGGAUCGGACCCGGUACCCCGAAACAGCAGUCCACCGCCGUCGUCGCCGCCGCCGGUGGGACAAUUGAGCGAAGAUGAGUCCAGCUCGGUUGUUGAUCGCAAUUGGGCGGAUGGUACGAUACGACUCGAGUACCGUGACUUCAAUUGCAGUGAAGUGCUUGGCAUCUGGUACUACGUUACUAUCGUAUCGACAGUCCUGAACAGUAUCGGUUGCUUGCUGGCAGCAACCUUCCUAGUCAUCUACGGUAUCGAUUGCAUGCGACGGGACGGCGGCGACGACCAGCGUCACACCGUGUCCCGGAUAAAGGCGAACGGCAACAAUACUUCCGCUGCGGACGGGGUUGCGCCAGCCGUUUGCUUUACGAGCGCCACUACCUCCACGAACGUUACCAAUACAAUCGACGAACUUCCGAGUAGUCGGCCGCUGCUGAUGAUGGAAAGUGGAACAGCCACCGGUACCGAUGAAGACGCAGUACCGUCGCCCUUGGCCGAGACUAGCGUCCUUACGACUGACGAGGAGCUCGAUACGACGGCGCUAACGUCCGCAACUCUUCUCUCACAGUCGUCAAUGAUGUGAACGUGAGCAUUCACCUGCCUACUUCCGAACGAACGGAGACGUUGACGGACAAAAUGCAUGUGCUUCUACCGCUUCAGAUAUGUUCAGACGGCAAACAUCAAACACGCUUCGACAGUGCAGUGCAGUUAAACGAAAAAUUCCGUGAUAACCGGCGAAACACAUCGCACUGCC